AUGACUGCGCCUGAGGCUCGUGAUCACUCGUUGCUUGAUGGAAUCGACAAAUCAUGGCUGUCGGUUCCUUCUUCUGUGGAUGGUUUUCAAAUUCCUGUUUUGCAGCUUGAUUUGUCCGAGUUCCAAAAGCAGGAGCCGGAGGCUGUGAUAGUAUACUACCAUGGAGGUGGCUUGGCCGUUGGGGAGGCAGAUAGCGAGGAGCUCUCCUGUCGACGCAUGCUCAAAUCAUUCACUCGGCCUGUGAGACUCUACUCAGUCGGCUACCGCUUAAUGCCGAGGUAUGAAGCAAAAGCCUGUGUAUCUGAUUCUCUGGACGCAUUCUUGGCUCUUUCCUCCAAGUCUGCAAAGAAUAUCAUUGUCGGCAGCUCCAGCGGUGGUCAACUCGCAGCUACAGUCUGCCAGCAGGUACCAAACGACUCUGUGUACGGUCUACUCCUUCGAUGUCCGGUGACAAGUGACCCCACGGAUGAUAAGCGCUACAUCCCGGAAAGGUUUCGUCGGUUUCAUACGAGCCGCGCCCCAUCUUUUGUCUCGACAAUAUUUCAGUAUCUAAAUCGCACAGUUCCCCGAGAUGGGCUGAAGACAUUGCCUCUAGAAGCAUCGAGACAGGAGCUACUAGGGCAUCCACGCACGUGGAUACAACUGUGCACACUGGACACUUUGUAUUCAGAUGGCCUGUGUUAUGGUAUGGCCUUGGUCGAUGCUGGUGUGAAAUUGAGACUGGAUGUCCAAAAAGGGUGGCCUCACACGUUCUGGCUAAAAGCACCAGAACUUCCAAAUGCACUCGAGGCGGAAAAUUCAAUGUUAGAUGGACUUCACUGGCUAAACGAAUAG